CUUAAAGAAGCCAUCUUGUUGGUUAAGUGCGUUCUCUUCUAUGUGUAACAAAUAAAAAAUUUAGAAAAAAUACUUUUUCUUUGCAAUUUAUAUCAUUUGCUUAGAAUUUUUGCAAUUUUAAAAUAAUCUUUAACAAAAAAUUGUAAUAUUUAUCAAAUUUUAAAUAAUGGGUGCUGACGAUCGUGAUAGACGCCGUCAUCGUUCUCGUUCGCGAGAUGCCCAACGUCGUCGUUCAUCUCGAUCACGCUCCCGUGAACGCAAACGAUCCCGUUCCCGCAAUCGUCCCGGUCACAGAUCUCGUCGUCGCAAACCAUCUUUAUACUGGGACGUUCCGCCACCGGGAUUCGAACACAUAACCCCACUUCAAUACAAAGCGAUGCAAGCAGCCGGACAAAUUCCGGCCAAUGUUGUUGCAGACACUCCUCAAGCAGCUGUGCCGGUUGUUGGGUCGACAAUUACUCGACAGGCACGCCGUUUGUAUGUUGGCAAUAUUCCAUUCGGUGUGACUGAGGAAGAAAUGAUGGAAUUCUUUAAUCAGCAAAUGCAUCUGUCGGGAUUGGCUCAGGCAGCUGGCAAUCCAGUUUUAGCUUGUCAAAUCAAUUUGGAUAAGAAUUUUGCUUUUCUCGAGUUCAGAUCGAUUGAUGAGACUACACAGGCAAUGGCUUUUGAUGGGAUUAAUUUCAAGGGACAAAGUUUGAAGAUUCGACGUCCGCAUGAUUAUCAACCGAUGCCGGGAAUGACAGAUAGUCAACCGAUUAAUGCUCCAGCUAGUGAAUUUCACUCUGGAGUCAUUUCGACGGUUGUUCCAGAUUCGCCACAUAAAAUAUUCAUCGGUGGCCUUCCUAAUUAUUUGAAUGAAGAUCAGGUCAAAGAGCUUUUGCUUUCAUUUGGACAAUUGCGAGCUUUUAAUUUGGUUAAGGAUGCUGCAACAGGCUUAAGUAAAGGUUAUGCUUUUGCUGAAUAUGUUGAUUACAGUAUAACUGAUCAAGCUAUUGCUGGAUUAAAUGGAAUGCAAUUGGGAGACAAGAAACUGAUUGUUCAAAGAGCUAGUGUGGGAGCUAAAAACUCUCAAAUGGGCGGAACCGUUGCUCCAGUACAAAUUCAAGUACCUGGAAUGUCAAUGGUUGGUACAUCAGGUCCACCUACUGAAGUAUUGUGCCUGUUGAAUAUGGUGACUCCUGAUGAAUUGCGCGACGAAGAUGAAUACGAGGAUAUUCUCGAGGACAUCAAAGAAGAGUGCAACAAAUACGGCGUGGUUCGUAGUGUUGAAAUACCUCGACCCAUUGAAGGAGUCGAUGUGCCAGGUUGUGGCAAAGUAUUUGUAGAAUUUAACUCUGUCGUGGAUUGCCAGAAGGCACAACAAGCCCUCACCGGUCGCAAAUUCAGUGAUCGUGUUGUGGUAACUUCGUAUUUCGAUCCAGACAAGUACCAUCGCAGAGAAUUUUAAAACAUCAACAUUUUCGGCUUUUCCUUUAAAUAUUUUUUUUUUUUAAUCUAAAAAUUAGUUUGUGACAAGAAGUACAAAAAGUAUUUCAUCAUGUCUGUUUAAUUUGGAAGCGUGAGCAUAAAAAUAAAUUCUGUAUUCUCUUCAAA